AUGCUAGGAGCCAAGUGUAGGAUGGACUAGUAGUAUUCCUUCAACAGAUUAACCCUACCAAUGCCGGCAAAUUCGCUUGAAACAACUCACCCAUUCAUCAUCGCAGGAGGGAAAUAUGUUCAAGUUAUGAUAUCAUGUGUAUUCAUGAUCCGUCAUAUCUUCUACAUCUCAGAUGUACCAAGCCUUCCCCAUUUCAGCUCCUUCUCCGGAUUUGCCUUUGCACAGACACAGUUUCCACGUCAAGACGCUCCGUAGAUCCCGCGAUCACCUGGCAGUCCACGUGAAUACAUCGUCAUCUGGUUCCUGCUCAAGCUCUGUAUGUGAAGCCGUUCGGAUCAACCAAGACCCUUCGCAUGAAAUAAACAUUUUGAUUUUGUUCGAUGCGACACAUAGGGUCAUGAACCUUAUAUCGACGACCCCCGGAGAGAGAGCCCAAAGUUUUUUCAUGCGAAGUCGACAACGGCAAUCUAGGGACAAGGCAAGGCCAAUCAAGGGCAUUGUUCGCUUCGUCGGAUGCGCAACCCCACAAGGCGUCUGUUUGCACGGGCUUCAACGAGGCGCCGUCGAUCUGAUCACCCACGCUACCCUGCCGUCUCCACCCCCCUUACCAAGAUCUCGCGAACGCCUUCCAAGAUUCCCAGCCCUGAUCUCGAAACAACGACUUCCCCCCUUGGUGACUUCAGACAGAACUGUGCUCUCAAGAACAUCAAUAAUGAAGAAAGUUCUUUUCCUCUGAUCAGAUUUAGCUUUUUCAGCCUCUUGUUCGAAACGCUGCCUUGGUUAGGAACUUCAUGCAUUCCCAGCCGAGGCCGGUGUCUAGAUCCUCCA